UCACUUCCGUGAGGUGUCGUCACGCGGAAGUAAACAAAGCUGCGGCGGGUCUUCGUUUCUGCCUCGAAAUGUCGAAUUCUAACCCGAGACAAAUGUUUUCCAACCCGUCAGUCCCGUUUGCCGGGACCAUCCUGGGUGGUUUGGUACCGGGGGAGAUGGUUCUGUUCCAGGGAGCGGUGCCGCCCGAUGCCGACAGGUUCCAGGUGGACUUCACCUGCGGCAGCAGCACCGAGCCGCGGGCCGACGUGGCGUUCCACUUCAACCCGAGGCUCAACAAGUCGUGCGUCGUGUGCAACUCGCUGCAGAAGGAGCGCUGGGGCCGCGAGGAGAAACUCUACGAGAUGCCCUUCAGGGCCGGCGCUCCGUUUGAGCUCGUGGUUCUGAUUCUGAGGGACCGCUUCAAGGUGGCGGUGAACGGAGCGCACCUGCUGGAGUACCAACACCGAGUGGACCUGGAGCGGGUCGACACUGUCUGCAUCUCAGGGAGGGUCAAAGUUCAGACUGUGGCCGUCGUCCCACCGCCUUCUAACCCCGUCUCUCCUGCUCCCAGCCUGAGCAGUCUGGAGUCAGAGCCGAUGAUGUCAUCAUCAGGGGACCUGAGCGUUCCCUUCACGGCGCAGCUGGACGGCGGUCUGACGGUCGGACGCAGCGUCAUCAUCAAAGGACAGAUCAACGCAAACGCCAUCAGCUUCGCCGUGAAUCUCCGGGAGGCGAGCGGCAGCAACAUCGCUCUUCAUCUGAACCCCCGUCUGAAGAAAGGCGUCUUCAUCAGGAACUCUUUCCUGUCGGAGUGCUGGGGCCCGGAGGAGAAGAACCUCGAGCGCUUCCCGUUCAGCGCCGGCCAGUACUUCGAGAUGAUCAUCAUGUGCGACCCGCAGCACUUCAGGGUGGCCGUGAACGGACAGCACCAGGUGGACUACAAGCACCGAGUCCAGGACCUGACCCGCAUCACGCAGCUGCAGGUUCUGGGAGACGUGUCGCUGCUGGACGUCAGGAUGCUCUGACAGCACAACGGUCACAUCCGUAAAUAUUUAAAUGUAAAACUCUGCUGACCCAUAAUGAUCAGCAGGUUGAAGCUUC